CUCAAGUGACUCUGAAUAAUAAUACUAAGGCCGCGGUGUGUAUGCAGAGAAGGGGGGGUUGGACUUGUGCUGUAUUCUCCGCCAAACUUCUCCAAACUUCCCUUCCCUCCCCCCUCACAAAACUUCACCGCGUUUGCGUUCAGUCUGCUGCCUCAACCUCACCUCACCGCACCGCCGACCAAGGUCAGCGUCAGUGACCGCCCACAGGAACUGGCAACGCGGCACCAAACCUCCGCGGACCCCGGUAGCCUUUUUUUUCUUCCUCUCUAACAUUGGAGUUGGACUCACUCACUCACUGGCUGAGCAAACUACGGACUAACCGACUGCUGAGCGGAUGGAGGAAGCCUCGGUAGCGAAGGAGUGAAUCAGCCAAACGAUUGUGAACAACGUCAAGUUUGUGAGCGUUAAACGAAGUGACACCAUGUUGGGACACCCAGCGUCUUAUGCUAACAAGAAGAGGAAGAAGCCUGUUCUCAAACAAAAGAAGGCCAGUGAUGGCAAUGAAGUUGUUAAAUCAAACCCUUCAAAGCGCCACCGGGAUCGGCUGAACGGGGAGCUGGACAGGCUGACAGACCUCCUGCCCUUUCCCGCGGAGGUUCGCUCUCGUCUGGACAAACUGUCGGUCCUUCGCCUCAGCGUGGGUUACCUGAGGGUCAAGAGCUACUUCAAAGGGGCCAUGAAGACCAAUAACAGCAGUCUGAUGUUACCUGGAGUGAACGGGCAGAAUGGGCAGAACGGGAACAACAUGGACGUCACAGGCUUCUCUGAGGGCGACCUGCUGCUCCAGGCGCUGAACGGGUUUGUGAUCGUGGUCACGUCAGAGGGCUUGGUGUUUUAUGUCUCUGCCACAAUCAAGGACUACCUGGGCUUUCAUCAGUCUGACGUGGUUCACCAGAGUGUGUUUGAGCUCAUCCAUACUGAUGACCGGGCUCUGUUCAGACAGCAGCUUCACUUUGCUCUCAACCCCCCAUCUGCCGGUGACGGAGAAAACGCCUCGCAGAAUUGUAGCAGCACAAUGAUUUACAGUCCUGAGCAGCUUCCCCCAGAGAACUCCGCCUUCCUGGAGAGGAGCUUUGUGUGUCGCUUCCGCUGCCUCCUGGACAAUUCCUCUGGCUUCCUGGCUCUGAAGUUCCAGGGCCGACUGAAGUACCUCCAUGGCCAGAGGCUUAUGAGGGACAACGGGAACGCUAGCAAACCUCAGCUGGCACUUUUCUCCAUCGCUAUGCCCGUCCAGUCUCCAACCAUCGUGGAGAUCAGAGCCAAAAUGCUCCUCUUUCAAACUAAGCACAAGCUGGACUUCACACCCACAGGUGUAGAUAGCAGGGGGAAGAUUGUUCUGGGCUAUUCAGAGACUGAACUGUGCAUGAGAGGCUCCGGCUACCAAUUCAUCCACGCUGCUGACAUGAUGUAUUGUGCCGACAACCACAUCCGCAUGAUUAAAACAGGAGAGAGCGGUCUGACUGUUUUCAGGCUCCUGAGCAAGUCGAACGGCUGGGUGUGGGUGAAGGCCAACGCCAAGCUGAUCUACAAAGGAGGAAGACCUGAAUUCAUCAUCGCGUAUCAGAGAGCUUUGGUCAAUGCCGAGGGUGAGGAAUAUCUGCGUCAGAGGAGGCUGCAGCUUCCCUUCUCCUUCACCACAGGAGAGGGCGUCCUGUACAACACCGGCCCCACUGUGGACAUCACUCAGUUUCAGUUCAAUAAAAUGUUUAACAACACAGUUGACAUUAAAAAGGAUGUGACCCCUGGCUCUCUGCUGGACUGCUUCCUGAGUCAGGACGAAAGAGUCUACACGCAGCCAGUAGACCCCCCUCUACCUGUGGAUCAAGUGUUUUUGGACAGUGGGGCCCUGAUUAGCGUUACCAGUGACGUAUGGCACGACAGUGGAACUACAACCACGUCAAGUGACCCUGUUGCAUUGAAAGAGGAGGCCAAGCAGUCAGUGAUGGCUGUGAUUGACAACCUGGAAAAAAUGGCACAGGACGGUGACUUCUCUGCAGCUCUGCAGAAUCUGGAGGUCAGUGAUGCAGAGCUGAUGGAGUGGGAAAACACGCUCAAGGGAUUAAGUCAGGACGAGGGCCAGCAGAACGGCGUCAGGUCUGAGCUGGACAGCAUCCUCACUAAUGACAUAUUUGACUUCAUUGAUAGUGUUUUGUUCAAGGAGAAGGGAGAUCACUGUCUCAACACCGGCACUCCCGCCUGCCUCACAGCAGUCAACUACAAUCAGCAGGUCCCCUUCACUCAGGCUGUCCAGCUCUCAGCCGCUGGACUUAGUGAGCCUCAGUUGUUUCAGGCCCCGAGCCCUGAUUGUUCUUACUCUCCAGUGAAUGGUCUCUAUGCUCACCAGCAGAAUGCAAUGAAUGGUCCAGUGACUGCAGGGCAAAGCUUGGCAGAGUCUGCUCAGAUGUUCAGCAGCACCCAGAAACUCUCCCACCACGGUCCCCUGAUGCCUCAGGCUGACACCAACCUGCCCCCUCUUCAGCAGCUGCAGCUCCAGGAUAUUUACAGCCCCUCUAUAGAGCUCCCAGAGCUCACUGUCUCUGACGCUUCCGCUGCCUCAGCCCCUUUUCAAUCCUGUGCACAGGCACCUAUCAACCACAUGGGCUUCCCGACUGCACAGACGCAGUCCAGUCAGCUUCUGCGGGGUCCUCAAAACAAUUUGCAGGCUCCUGCAAUAACAAACGGACAGCUGCUGCAGAGCUCUGUUCAACAACCAAACAAUGUAGCACUUGGCGUCAUGGACAUUUUGCCGCCCCUGAUUCCAUGCAAUGACUUUGUUUCCUCUAGCACACCUAAUAUUCCCAUUCCCUUUCCCACAACGUGUCUGCAAGGAAGCUCCGCUUUUGAAACGCACAACCACCAGGUUCAGCAGUGGCCGCAGGGCCAGCAGCAGAAGCUGCCUCAUGCUGGCGUCAUGCAGAAUGGACAUGAGCCGAUGCCAGCAUGCCACAGCCAAACUCUACAAAGCCAAACAUUCCCACGUGCUGGCCUUUGGCCAAGGAACGUCACCGGACUGAGCCACACUCAGCAGGGAGGGCUGACGUGUGGCCAGGCAGCUACUCACAGCAGCUGCAUGUUUGACCAGCACUUUUCUAACAGUCCAGCAGGAGGCGACGUCCUGGCUCUGUCUGGGUCUUCAGGCCUGAGGGGGGCUGACACGUCUCUGGAUCAGAGUCCCCCUCAAGGUUCCUGCUACUUCCAGUGGAGCCACAGCGAGCCUGUGGUGGGCACAUCGGCCAUCAACCAGGAGAAUGCCAACAUCAGUCCUCUGACCGCUCCGCCCAACAUGUCGUCUUCAGAGCACACACUCAACAUUCAGCACUACCUGGAAUGCCCCAGACAGAUGCAGGAUGAAAGAGUCCUGACUGAACGCAGUGGGAUCUUCGCUGCUCCUGCUUGUGAUGUGGCCAUGUACCUGGCGGAGUAGAGCCGAGCCAUGUUGUCAUUUCCGACAAACCCAGGACAAGGACAAAACUCAGUAUAUUUUGCCUGUAUCAGUGCUUAUCCACGGACUCUCAUGCUUACCCUCAUUGUCGUAUGUUUUAUAUAUCACCCUGUGUCAUUUAUACUUUGUCCAGUCUGCAAUGUUUAAAAGUCUGUUGCUUGUCAGUUGUUAGUGAAGAUACACUACAGUAAUAAUGAAGUAUAAAGCCACAAGUGCGCUUAACCAGGAUGGAGCUUGAGCCAGCUAGGAGGAUUGGUCAAGUAAAUCCAAAUAGCCAAAGAAAUAGGUUUUUUAUAAGGGAAACCAGGUGUCGUCACUUCCUUGUUUUCAUCCAGGGACAUUGAAAAUCUCCCAAGUAUAAAUACCUGAAAAUACUAAAAAAAAACCACCUGAACAUGCUGUUGUUUUGUAAAUAUAUAUAAUUAUAUAUAUAUAUAUAUAAUCAAUCUAAACUUUGAUGCUGAGAAAGUAGACACUUUAUCUAAAAGACAUCGUCGUCAUCUUUGUAAAGAAUCACUGAAAGUGAUAGCUACCUGAGCGCACAGCCGUACCUUCAAAUUAAAAUUGUUACAGAUAAAAAGCAUCUGUAUAUUUUAAAUGAAACCCUUGGAUGUGGUUGAUGUAAGUGUAUAAAUACAGUCUGUAAUCGUACUCGUGUCUGCUUUGGCUCACAACAAUGCCGUAUGUACAGAAUGCCUCAGCAUGUGACACGUGUUUAUCUGUAUGCAGUAUAAAUGUGCUUUUAUGGAGAAUGUGUUUGAGUUAGAGACGCGGAGAUAUCUCAGAUCCCAAAUUGUGAGUACAACAGAAAGAAAAUCAGAAACUUUCUGAGUCACAUUAACUCUGUUUGAUGCAAACAUUUUGCAUUGUUUCCAUUUCAGUGACGUUUUUAAAGCUGAAAUUAAGCAUAGCUGCAGUUGAGUUGAUGUGAACGCACUGCUGCUAACUAAGAGCUGUGAGUCCUUGCGUCCUACUCAUGUCCGUAAAGCAACUAAAAGUAACUGUGCUUAAAGAAAUCAGUCCAUCAAAAAACACGACUCACACUCAUCUCAACAAAACGCUCAGUGACUGAAGAAAGGUCUACAAAAAAGUCGACAAAGACUUCUGAGAAAGAAAUUAUUCUUUCUCAAAAGUGCCCGACCACAAUGACGACAGCGGCGUCCCGUCUCAUGGGCCGACUUCUUUGAAUGAAUGUGGGUCAACAUUCAGCCUUCUAAAUAAGACAGUCAUCCUAACAGCUGCCAAAACUAAUGGUGCCUUCAGGCGCUCUGUAUCAGCCUCCACAUAUGUAUCGCUGCAGAGUCGCCCCCAGUGGUGAAUGAACUCAGACGAGUCCCAUGAUAUCUGAAUUCACAGCACAAGUGACAAUAAGCGAUGUUUACUUGACUGGUAAACGAUGUAGCAGGAUAGAGAUGAUAUAAAAGUAUAACUGAGGAAGUUUCAGUCUGAUUUAAAGGAAUAUUUCACCCGCAAAAUGAUCAUGUGUGUAUUUGACUUUGUGAAGCAACCUUUGUUUUUCUUGCAUGCUGCCACGUUGAACGAAGAAUCCAAAAAGGCGAACACCCUUCAUGAAUUUAAACUCUCACACAACUCAUGCAGUGUAAUCAAAGUCUUAUGUAUCCAGUCUUUCCACGAGUAAAAAAACAAUCAUAAAAUACACAUUAAAAGCCGUUUUGAAAACA